AAACCACGCAAUUUCACUGGGCUAUGCGGGCCGGCACGACACGAAUUCAGGCCCACAGGCUGUGCUUUGGACUAGCAGUCAGGCACAAAGCCCGGUGGGGCACGGUCCGGUGAGGCACGGUGUGCCGUGCCGGCCCGAGCGGCGCGGGCCGUGCCUAGUGCGUGCCCGGACCGGGCCGGCCCAUUAGUCAUCUAUACCAGUCACUGAGUUGAUGAAGUAUCCAACGGACACCAGAUUACCCUCACUCUCCGCGGCCUGUGCCGGUCCACAGUGCCACACGCCCACACGGGCCACACCACGCUUCCCCCUGGCACAGGCCCACAGUGCCACACGACGCCGCUAGGAAGGACUCUAGGUCACUAGGAGCAGUGGAGUACAAGCAAAACAGCAACGGCGGGACCAUCCGUGUCCGAGCCGAAGGGAAGGAAUUGGAAUUUGACCCAAUCCGAUCCCGGCCAAGCCAACGCCGAAGCAAUCAACCACCCCAGUGACGAACGGAAAUCAUGAGGUCUCCACAGCUCACCACCCAACUCGAUCCGAGGUCGUCGAAACGCCGAUGCCGUCAAGCCGUCAAGCACAACAUACCCCUCGGUCGCCCCUGCCGGCCUUCUCCCCUCCAUGCCGGCUGCCGGAAUCCCAUCAAAUUUCCUCGUCCAUCUCCUCGAUCCGCCUCGUGCCCUCGUCCACCUGACCUGCCUCUUCUCCGAACCUAUUUAAAAGCCGGAACCGCAGCGACCGAAACGAAAAGAUCCUCUCCUGCCUCCCAUCCAUCGGCCGAUGAUCGCACCCGCCCGCCCAAACGCACGCGCACCUGCAGCAGCUGCCGCGUAGCGAGCCAGCCAGCCAAUCUGGGUUAAACAAAACCCACCCAAAUUUAAGCAAUCCCAGUCCCAGCACGGAAACGGGUAUUUUUUGGCCGAAAGCAAGGAAGGCAGGUGCAUCUCCGCCGUCGCAAAUUUCGCUUCGCUCCGCACCCGCACCCGCGACCGCCUCGUCGUGAAUUCGUCCACCCACCCCCACCCAUCUACCGCGCCGAGGGAACGCCACCGGCGAGGAGGUUACGCGGGGAGAAGAGAGGAGAGGAGAGGAGAUGAGAUGAGAUGAGAUGAGACGAGGCGCGACGGGGUGGUGGGCAUGAGGUGCAAGAAGCACCCGUACCAGGCCGGCGGCGGCGUGUGCGCCACGUGCCUCUGCGACCGCCUGCUCACGCUCGAGGCCGCGCAGAACGGCGACGCAUCGUCGCCGCCGCACGCGCAGGCCCCUCCGGUUCCGCCCGCCGAGCCCCUGGCGUUCCCGAGGUCGGUGUCGCCGUACGUGUCGCGCAGGAAGUCGGACACGGCGGGCGCGCUCAGGCACCACCCGAGCCUGCUCUUCUUCCGGACGCCGCAGGUCGGGCCCGCCUACGGCGGCGGCGCUGGCGGCGCGUUGGAGGAAGGCGACAUAGCCUACGAGUACGAGAAGCGGCGCGCGCGCAAGUUCUCCGUGCUCGCCACGCUCUUCGGCCACCACCACCACCACCACCACCACAGAUCGGAAGAGAAGCAUCACCAUCAGCAGGAAGGCGCCCCCAAGGAGCGCAAGAAGCGUUCUUGGACUUGGUUCGCCGGGAUCAUACCGCGCCGCCGCAAGAAGCAGUCAGCGGCGGCGGCGGCGGCGGUCUCGGCCACCUCGCCACAGUCAGCCCCGCCGAGGCGCUCCUCCUGCCGCGCGGUCAGCAACCGGGGCCUCUCGCCUGAGCGGGACAGCCACGGCGGCAGCGGCGACGAGAGCAGCUCGCCCGCCGCCGCGGAUCAUCCCCCGUGGCGGCCGUCCCCGUCCCCCAUGCGGCGGACACCCUGCCGGCGCCGCCAGACGAACAGCAUGCCGUCGGGUUUCGCCGUCUGCCUCAGCCCGCUCGUGCGGCCCAGCCCCGGCCGCCGCCACCGCCACGUCCAGCCGCCGGACCCCGGCUCCUUCUCCUGCGAGCUCCGGCCGUCGCCGCUCCACAGCCUCUCGUCCGCCGCCUCCGUUACUCGCUGUCGAUCCAGGAAGCUCGCCGACUGCGGUCGCUUCCGGUGAUCUUUGCUUCCAUUUUCCUCCUUUCAUUCCAUGGUUCCCACCACCACCUAAUCCAGAUUACUAGUCCACUUUUUAGAAUUUCUUUUUCUUUUUGGAUUUAUUACAUUUUGUCUGUCCGUGAGGAAGAGUCUGUAAGAUUGGCACACCCAAACCAAGUCCAAACCACCCCGUUGACAUAUAAAACUGCGUACUACUAGGUCACUACUGCUUGUCGGCCCAACAUUUUGUGGCAAUGUAACGAGCUGCUUGUACUACUAUCAAGUAGAAAAACUACAUGUUCAUGUUUGUACAGCUACCUGUGUGAUCUUGAUUUCUUCUUUUGCAAAA